AUGCCGUCCAUAAACUGGAACACCCUCUGCUACAACAGCGCCUGUCUGAUCGCAGGGGUCUUCGUCCUCGACUAUGGCGCCGACAAGUUCAUCGACCAUACAGCCCUCCUGGCGCGGCGUUUGGGAAUCUCGCAGACUCUCAUCGCGCUACUCACCGCGGGCGCAGAAUACGAAGAGCUCGCCGUGGUAAUCGCGGCGGUCCUGCAAAAGCGCGGCUCCCUGGCCCUGGGAAACGUCAUGGGCUCGACCAUUUCCAACAUUCUCGGUGCCUUCUCGCUAGGUCUGCUCGUCCAUCCCGGACGCAUGCAAUUCGACCGCAGCGCGCGGUCUUACACCGCUAUCCUCCUGGGACUGACAACCAUGUCGGCUGGAUUGACCUGGGGGGGAAAGCUGAACCGCGUGACGGGGGGUAUUCUCGUCGCGACCUUCGCGAUAUACCUUUUUUCCAUUGGGUUCGCGAUUUACCGCGGGGUUGUCGAUGCGCCGGAGUUGUCGGACAGCGAUAACGACAGUGACAGCGACAGUGACAGCGACGAUGUUGAGUCGAGGAUACACCCCUCGGAGACAUCGCGGCUGCUGGGGGAUCAGCUACCGUCUCCGGUUGAGGGACGGCAUGCACCGUCCUUGGCUUAUCAUCUCGUGCAUCUGGUCAUCGGGCUCGUUGCGCUCUCGCUGUCGGGGUAUAUUCUGGCUCAAAGUGCCAGCGCAAUCGCAGACUCGCUGCAUCUGUCUGGAACUGUUGUCGGGUUUACAAUUUUGUCCAUCGCGACGACUAUCCCUGAGAAACUCAUCGCUAUCAUGAGCGGUGUGCGUGGACACAGCGGUAUCGUGGUCGCAAACACGGCGGGCAGCAACAUCUUUCUACUCACGCUGUGUGUGGGUGUUGUAGCGCUCUCUGGUGAGGUCAGUGGGAACAUGUCAGAUUACAUGACUCUGUUCGAACUCAUAUCGGUCUGGGUAUCUGCUGCACUACUGGCGGCAGUCGUAUUUCUAGAUCUGGGCCGGUGGAUGGGCGCAGUCCUCCUCAUCGCCUACGCAGCCUUCCUCGUCUGCGAGUUCACCGUGUAUAGAAGAUAG